UAAAACUUUCAUUUUCUGAGCGAGUUAUAGUAGGUUAAAGGAAGUCAUACUUAAUUCCAAGAUCCUCAGGACAUUUCAAAGGAGUCAGUUUUUGCGUCGGUUCCUUGCAAGCUAAUCUCUGCUGCGGUUGUCCUUUUAACGAAGAAUAAUCAGGCAAGAUGGCAAACGCAGGCCAUCUCAUUCGGCGCACCUCCCAGCGGGAGAUGCUCGCACCGCAGAAAAGUUUAGAGCGCUACGAAAUGCGCGACAUGCGCCGUCUCAUGUCGGAAAACGGAGCCCCCAGCUACGGGGCAGCUAACCAAGGCUACGAUGAAUUCCAGAAGCGAACGAGCAUGAAGAAACGUACGGCUUCUGUUACGAUCCCGGAGGAAGACCGCUUCCUGCCUGUGCGUUCGUCUACGUCACUCACACAUCUCGCGGGAGCCUCGAGUCCCACGCGCCCGUCUAAGGUGUCUGUAGGGGACAGCGUAGACGGCGUCCCGGAAGGUGAAGAAGCAACUGACGGAGAAGACUCCACCAUCGCUGUGGGCAAGCCUGGGGACAGUGCAGACAACGACAGGGAGUCUUGGGACAGCAAGUGGCAGUACCUGCUGGCUGUCGUUGGGUACGCCGUGGGUCUCGGUUCCGUCUGGAGAUUUCCUUACUUGUGCCAGAAGAACGGAGGCGGUGCUUUUCUGCUGCCCUACCUAAUCAUGCUGGCUGUAGAAGGCAUCCCUAUAUUCUACCUCGAAUUGGCAGUCGGCCAGAGGCUACGAAAAGGAGCAAUAGGCAUCUGGAAUCAGAUGUCACCAUACCUCGGCGGGAUUGGUGUGGCUUCAGCGAUUGUGUCAUUCAACGUCGCGCUCUACUACAACACCAUCAUUGCCUGGUGUCUUUACUACCUGGCACAGAGUUUCCAGUCGCCGCUGCCGUGGUCGGAGUGUCCCAAGCAGUUAAUCAACGGCACGGAAAUCGACGUUCCGGAGUGUGCGAUUAGCAGCCCCACUGAAUAUUUUUGGUACCGUGAAACACUGGACAUCUCAUCAGAUGUCGCACAUCCCAUGCGCUUCAACUGGAAAAUAUGCGCCUGUCUCCUGGCUGCUUGGGUGCUGACUUACCUAUGCAUGGCUAAAGGAAUCGCCUCGUCUGGCAAGGUGGUUUACGUAACCGCGCCGUUCCCGUACCUAGUCCUCGUAAUAUUCUUCGUGCGCGGGAUCACCCUCAACGGCAUGGAGGACGGACUCAGACAUCUUUUCACUCCCGACUUCGAGAAACUCUUGGAUCCGUCGGUGUGGCUCGACGCCGGCACUCAGAUCUUCUUCUCGAUGGGUCUCGCGUUCGGCGGCCUCAUCGCGUUCUCGUCAUACAAUCCCGUGCACAACAAUUGCUUCAGAGAUGCCGUCGUGUGUGCCCUCAUCAACUGCGCGACGGCCAUAUUUGCUGCCAUCGUUGUUUUCUCUAUACUUGGGUUUAAAGCGCAUAUCACGUAUGACGAAUGCGUGGCCCUCAAUGUCACAAAAUGUGACCUUGACGAGAUCCUAAAAAAUUCUGCUAGCGGGACCGGCCUCGCCUUCAUCGUCUUCACAGAAGCAAUAAAUCAGUUCCCCCUGGCGCCCGUGUGGUCGGUGCUGUUCUUCCUCAUGUUGUUCACGCUGGGUAUAGACUCUGAGUUCGGCACGCUCGAAGGGGUAACCACUUCAAUCGUCGACAUGAAGAUAUUCCCAAACGUUAGGAAAGAAGUACUUACAGGUAUUUUGUGUUCUUUAUGCUGCGUAAUCAGCAUGGUUUUCGCUCAUGGGGCUGGCAAUUACAUAUUCAUUUUAUUCGAUAACUUUUCUGGAAACAUUCCCCUCCUCAUCAUAGCCUUCUUCGAGUGCAUCGGAGUAUCAUACAUCUACGGACUCAAGAGAUUCAGCGACGACAUAGAGCUCAUGACAGGCUCGCGUCCAGGCACCUUCUGGAUGAUAUGCUGGAAAUAUGUCAGUCCUGCUGUGAUGCUCACUAUCCUCGGAGCCUCCAUCAUCAAGCAGAUGAUGACAGGGUCGGGCUACGACGCGUGGGACAGCACCCAGGGCGUGACGGUGUACAAGUUCUGGCCGCUGUGGUCCUGGACCAUCGUCGCCGCCCUCGUGCUCGUCUCGGUCUUGUGGAUACCCUUGAUCGCUGUCACCCGGUUAUGUGGAGCUCAGAUUAUCCAGGACGAAGAGCCCGCUUGGUUUCCAACUGCGGAACUUCGUGAAUUUCACAGCAUCGUGCCACACAAGGUCACGGCAACCGAGAAGCGUUUGUUCUGCAUCAGAGACGAUGGGUCAGAAGGACUUUGUUGCAUCAUCCCUCCACCUCCUGAAGAUGAGUUUGACGAUGAAGUCAUCACUACGACACCACAAGCAUAAUCAUGAUCCAAUAACACAUAAUUUUUUAAUACUUCACCGCCAUUUACCGAGCAAAUUGGUGUGCUUGCUUUAGCAAUAUUCCUAUCGAAAUCUUAGAAGAUUACCGUGGAUAUUGGUGGUUUUAAAUUUAUCGUCAUUUAUCCAGAACUAUUUCUGUGCUGGUGAAAACGUAGGAUGGGUUUAACGCACACAGUAAAGAGAUGAAGCGAAAACAAAGUUCGUGGUUUGAAUUUGCCGUUGAUUCAUUAUGCGAGCGAGAAUAGUAAGUAAAAAGCAUGAAUUUCAGAGUUAUAUCUAGAGAAAUAAACUGAAAUAUUUGAUGCAAACUAUUGUUUAUCAGAAUUGAGAACUAAAGUCGAG